AUGCCAAAUGAGACCAGUUUCAUUAUGUCCAUUUUCAAAUCAAAUGGCCACGAAGCAAGCUUAGAGUUUUUGGACAGUGACGAACAGUCAUUGCUGGCCUUGCAAGGACCCCGUUCUGCGGCCGUAUUGCAGUCAUUCGUCGACGGGUCAACCGACCUGUCGACGCUAUACUUCAUGGACUCAAUCACAGCCACGGUCUGUGGUGUGCCGGACUGUCGAGUCACCCGGUGCGGUUACACGGGCGAAGACGGUUUCGAAAUAUCCGUGCCCUCCGAUCGGGUUGAGGCGAUCGCUGAGUCGUUCGUCGCUCAGGACGACGUGAAAUUGGCCGGRCUCGGCGCCAGAGACACUUUGAGGUUAGAAGCUGGUAUGUGUUUGCAUGGAGCGGAUAUAAGCAUCAACACGACACCCGUCGAAGCUGCGUUGAUGUGGACCAUAAGUCGCAAGAGAAGGGAUGAACGACGGUUUCCCGGUGCUACUGUGAUUCUGAAACAACUCAGCGACGGAGUGCAACGUAAAAGGGUAGGUCUUGUUCAAAAAGCGCACGGUGCUCCGGUCAGGGGUGGAGCAGUCUUAUUUGAUGUAGCGAACGGCGAAAAAAUCGGUUCGGUAACUAGCGGAUGUCCGUCCCCGACAUUAUCCCAGAACAUAGCCAUGGGAUAUGUGGACAGCAAAUUCGCCAAAAACGGAACCGAAAUACAAACGGAGGUCAGAGGGCAGAAGAUACCUAUGGUCGUCACAAAAAUGCCGUUUGUGAAACCAAAUUAUUAUUCUAAGCCCAAACCCAAAUAAUAAAAAUUUUAAUAUCUUAUUAAAUAUUUAAUUCACAAUAAUAUAUAUCAGCAUUAGAUUAUUAUCCAUCAUCACAGAACACUACGUCGACGUUGACAUAGACGAGAAAUAUGAUCUAAAAAAAAAAGAUAAAAUGGAAUAAUUAAUUAAAGUGGAUAAUAAAAGUACCUUUACGUAG